AUGUUGCAUCUCAACAGGACACAAUUUCACCCUUCUUCCUUCCUUCUGAUGGGGAUCCCAGGGCUGGAAGAUGUGCACAUCUGGAUCGGCUUCCCCUUUUUUGCAGUGUACCUAGUAGCCCUUCUGGGGAACAUCACUAUCCUGUUUGUAAUCCACACUGAACACAGCCUCCACCAGCCCAUGUUUUUCUUCCUGGCCAUGUUGGCCUGUACUGAACUUGGCCUGUCUACAGCUACCAUCCCCAAGAUGCUGGGCAUUCUCUGGUUCAAUCUCAGGGAGAUUGUGUUUGGUGCUUGCAUCACACAGAUGUACACUAUCCAUCUAUGCACUGGCCUGGAGUCUGUGGUGCUGACAGUCAUGGCCAUAGAUCGAUACAUUGCCAUCUGCAACCCCCUGAGAUAUAGCAUGAUCCUUACAAAUAAGGUAAUAGCCAUUCUGGGCAUAGUCAUCAUAGUUAGGACUUUGGUGUUUGUGACUCCAUUCAUAUUUCUCAUUCUGAGAUUGCCCUUUUGUGGUGUACGGAUUAUCCCCCACACCUACUGUGAACAUAUGGGCUUGGCAAAGUUGGCUUGUGCCAGUAUUCGUGUCAAUGUUAUCUAUGGCUUGAUUGCUUUUUCAGUGGGAUACAUUGACCUUUCUGUGAUUGGGUUUUCAUAUGUCCAAAUCCUCCAAGCAGUCUUCCGCCUCCCAUCCUGGGAUGCCCGGCUCAAGACACUCAGCACAUGUGGCUCCCAUGUAUGUGUCAUGUUAGCUUUCUACCUGCCAGCCCUCUUCUCCUUCAUGACACACCGCUUUGGCCACAACAUCCCUCACUACAUCCACAUACUUCUCGCCAAUCUGUAUGUGGUUGUUCCCCCUGCUCUUAAUCCUGUUAUCUAUGGGGUCAGGACAAAACAGAUAAGAGAGCAUGUACUAAGGAUGCUGAACCCAAAAAACAAUUGA